AUGUCCCGCGCUUAUCGUGUAUUCCUCUUGUCGUUUUCUAUGGCAGCCAUUUUCGUGGGAAUGCAGCAAGUGUCCCUCGACGCCUCAAGCUCUACUUCGCAUGUUGGGACGGCUGCUGGCAGCUCUCAGCGCGAAGGCUCGGGCCCGAUCACAAGUCACCGGAACCGCAACGAUACCCAAAUGCCCCCUCCCAGCGCUAAGGAGCCUCAGGGCCCGGAUUUCGCAUUUCGGCUCGCAGUCUUUAUGACCACACAUUGGAGCAAAGAGCAACAGAUGUACCUUCCGUGCUGGGAGCACGCUAUGAAGCUACCGAUCCUGAAGAAUGCCGACCUGAUCCUGUAUACACCGGCGAAUCUGAGCCAGGAGGAGCUAGGUCGCCUCAAGUUCCGAAGGGUCACGCUGAAGCAGUUCCCCAAUCGGGGUUACCAGGCCAGUGCCAUCCAAGCAGUGAGCGACGCCUUCGGGCACCUUGGACGUCGUGAGAAGUGGUUCGAGGGGUACGAUUGGGUAAUUCGCCUGAACUUGGAUGUCUUGAUCAUGGAGGAUGGGUGGCUCCAGCAGGUCAUGAAGAACAAGUCGGUCGACGGUAUCUUCCACAACUGCGAUAAACGGCGGGGAGUCCGAUUCUUGCACACAGACUUCUUUGCCAUACGCCCGGAAGCUGUUAAUGCUUCCGCGGUUGAGAGCUGCAACCAAUCGAAUGCUGAGGAGCACUUCAGCUGCUCUGUCCGGAGCAUCCUCCUGUCCAAGCGGUUUCAAUGGGUAGAGGAUGCAGAGGAGUCGAAUCAUACCUGUCGCAUCAGGGGAGCGAAGUCACCCGUGGUUCACUCACAUCAACUGUGGCGUUACUGCCCGGACUAUUUCGCAGCACCUGCCGGUAUCAAGAGAUUCAGGUGGAAGAACUACACGCUGAACGAUGCUCGCAGUCCAAAGGCUAUUGCGCCGUUCCAGAUGCCAGUAGAUCGGGUACUGCUCCGC